AUGUUAGAAGAAGUCCUUGAUAAGUAUGACAUCAAGCAUAGGGUAGCAACUGCCUACCAUCCUCAGACCAAYGGAUUAGCUKARUURUCAAAUAGGGAGAUAAAAGGGAUUUUGGCCAAAGUAGUCAAGCCACAUAGAAAGGAUUGGGCCUCUAAGUUAGAUGAUGCGUUAUGGGCCUACCGGACUGCUUACAAAACUCCUAUUGGUAUGUCUCCCUAUAAAUUGGUUUUAGUAAAAGCUUGUCAUUUACCUGUGGAAUUAGAGCACAAAGCCUAUUGGGCCAUUAAGGAACUCAACAUGAGUUUAGAUGAGGCCGGAAGAAAAAGGAUUUUGCAGCUUUGUGAACUGGAAGAACAUAGGAAUUUUUCCUAUGAAAAUGCUAAGCUUUACAAAGAAAAUACAAAAAAAUGGCAUGAUAAAAAGAUUCUUCCAAAGGAAUUCACAGAAGGCCAAAAACUCCUAUUAUUCAAUUCAAGGUUAAAGUUAUUUCCUGGAAAGUUGAAUUCCCGAUGGACCGAACCUUUUGUUGUUGCCAAGUUACAAUCCCCUGUUCCCCUUUUUAUGGCCAUUCUUAAGUCUAGGCCAAGAAGAAGGGAGGGAGAGUCAGAUUCCAUGCCCCCUGUGACCAACAAUGAUCAAUCCAGUAAAAGUGAGGAGGAGCCCAUUGAUGCCAUUCCUUGA